AUGCGACGAAGUGUACGGCGUCUGCCACGGACUCCUGAACCCUCGCCACGUGGACAUCGACGAGUCCAAGAAGUGCUGAGCGACGAUCCGCUCAGUAUCACCUGCCUUGCGGAAACUGCCCCUUCACUGGAUGAAGCAUAUCUUGUUCCAACCACCGCAAGGAACUCUUCCAAGCACAAGAUUGAAUACGAUCAGAAUUUUCUUCUGGAGGGUUUUGUCUGA